AUGUCUUUCUUAGGUCUCGGUGGUUCCCCAAGUAUUUCCUCGCAAGCGAAGAUUCAGGCUGCUGAAGCUGAAUUGGACAUGGUUACUGACAUGUUCAACAGAUUGGUUGAGCAGUGCCACAAGAAGUGCAUCGACCUUUCUUACAAGGAGAGCGCCGUCAGCAAGGCCGAGUCUAACUGCAUCGACAGAUGUGUCGCCAAGUACUUCGAGACCAACGUCAAGGUUGGUGAACACAUGCAGCAGAUCGGCCAGACCUUUGCCGGCAGGCCAUAAGAGGCUAGUCCUUGCGGUCGCAAAGCGUAUAUACGAUUAAUUGUACAUAUAAUGAAUUUCGAAG